CGGUGGGCAUACUGUAACUCCAGCUGAUCGAUCAAACAAAAAGAUUGAUACACAGAAUUUGAAGAAAAAAUGCUCUACAUUUAGAAAGAGAAAGUAUUUAUUAGCUCGCACGCAAUGGACAAAAAUCUGGAUGAGGUCAAAGGCACCGUACAAAAGAAGUUCAAUGAAAUCCGUUCUGCACUGCAUAUGCGCGAAAAGCUGCUCCUCCGGCAACUGGAAGUCAUAGCGAAUACUAGACAGCAGCAGCAGUUGCUUAAAAAGUCCUCCCCCGAUGUUGAGAACAGAGAUUCCAAAAAAGAACAAACUGGAGUGCAAUUUGUUCCUGGCGAAGGCGACGAUGCGGAGGAGAAGCUGCUGACCGCCAUCCGGAGCUACGGUCACUUCCUGCUGGAUAACAGUGACUUGCAGCUGGCUCUGCAGGACUACCGCACCACGGGCCUGAGGAACGAGGACUACAUAGAGCCUCUCGAUGACCACGAGACCAUGUAUAAGUGCCUGCAGGGCGGGAAUGUCUCGUAUGUUGAUCUGGACGAAGAUGGUGUCGAACCAGAGGCCAUUGUCGUGGACUUUUCCCGCAACAGAUCCCUCGUCGAAGAUAAUGCCAAGCGUUCCAUCAUUAACAUCACUCUACAGGAGGCCAAGGAUCUGAUAAAGAAGGCCAAAAUCAAGAGGGAAACCUAUGUGCCACCCUUGAAUCUGGAGGAACUGGACGACGAGCUGGAAUCUUCGAUAGCGGAAGCUGUAUCCAGUUUGGGUCGCGAAACCUCGGCAAAAUCAAAGAAUAGUCUUCAAGAACCACCGAAAAACAAGAGUCGCAAGCAGCGCUUCAAGCCAAAGAUCACCAUCAACAAUUGCAAUGGGACUAUUAACCUCCGCAACAUAGCCAGCUUGACCAUCAAUUGCGCCAGUGAAGAGGCGGUCAGUGCUGAGAUUCCGCUGGCCAAAUCCGCUGAUUCCAGCACCACCGAGCCCUCGAAUUCCACGCCCACAACCACCGCCUCCAGUUCGAAUUACUCCAGCAAUGCCAGCUCCCGUUCGCAGUCGAAAAAGCAAAAGGCAGCCAAAAAGCAGGAGAGGAUUAACCAAGAACCCAGCUCCGAUUCCACGCCCACACCAGGGCAAGCCCAUCGGUACGAGGAAACGGAGAUUCACGAUGUCACCUGCGAUUUCUACAAUCGCCUGCUCAACGAGAUCAAGAAGAGCAUGGUGGAGAAGCCGCGCAGGACUUACCACCAAGCAGCAGAGCCGGUUCAAGCUGCAGCUGCCGACUCCAGCUGCGAUGCCAAUUCCAAUCCCAGGCAGUCGGCUACCAAGCAGGAACCAGUGUCCACCACCACAUCGGUCACACAAAGCGAAUCGGGACCACAAGUGCAGCCGGGCAAGCGACUAAUCCUCAAGAACUUUGAGAACCUCAAGAUCAUCCUGGAGGCGAACAGCGGCGACGAGGAUGCCUUCCAUCCCGUACAGAUCGAGCAGUGGCUGGCGGAGAUUAUCUCGGAAACGGAUCUGGAGCCGAUGCAGAACACGGAUAUCCUGGAGCACAGCCGCAUCCACAGCAGCGAGAGCCCCUAAACGAGGCAGUGCACCAUAUUCCAAUCUACUUAUCCUUAAUGCACUCAGUAUUUUCCUGUAGCUAUAGUUUCCUUAACUCGUUUUUAGUUUACUUUUUACUCUUAGUUAGUUUUGAUUUAUCAGAAGACAUUUGAUCAUGUUUUAUUUUCAAUUUUUAACUAGUUUUGGCGGAACUGGAGCUAAAGAAUGUUUAUAGAGAUCCAUUUCGCUUCCCAUAUGUAUAUGCUCAUUUAGUUUACAUUAACAAAGAAAUCGAAUACCUAUUGUACCUAUUUAGGUAUACAUUUCCAAGAUUUCAUUGUUUAUAAAGGAUUUUAACAAUAGCUUUCAUUCGAAACUCCCUUUCCGCCAAAUUUUAAACAGAAACAAGAAUCUACUUUAUUGUUUUAUGUACUUAAUUUUUGAUUUUGUGAUUUUUAUCCUUUCGUAAGACUUGAACUCGUACCAAUUUAGCAAGUAAGCUCCAGGCAGUGUUCAGUGCUCACCGUAGCCCAUUUGUAAAUGCAAUCGAAGAGUCCACAUUAUUAAAGUGUUAAUUGCCAUCACAAAACGAACAGCUUUUGCUUAGCACUUUUAAUCGGUUUGUCAGUGGAU